AUGGCUCGGUGCCUAAAUUCAUAUGCUGAGAAAUCCAUGCAUGAAGAGCAUUUCGAAGAGGAUGUGGAUGACGAAGAUUUAGACGACGAUGACGUUGACGGUUACGAAGGGCUUAGCGACUAUGAUGAUGAUGACAUACCUGGGUCAUCUGGAUUUGGAAGUCAUAGUUUCGGUAACACUGGCACCGAAAGCAAAGCUUCAGAUAUGCGGCGUCAACGCUCAAUUAGUGAAGGUGGUGCUAUGUAUAAUGUCGAAACUGGCGAAGAUAAUCGACGGGAUCAUCACAACCAACUUGAGCGUAAGAGACGCGCCAGCAUAAAAACAAGUUAUAACGAUCUGCGUGAAGUGAUACCAGGCCUUCGAGGAUCAAAAGCGUCUAGAGCGGUUAUACUGCAACGAGCAGUUGAAUGUAUUGAAGAACUAGUUAAAUUGAAUCGUGAUCAUACCGUUUGCGUUGAAACACUUAAACGACAAAAUGAUAUAUUAGAUUCACGUGUUCAAGAGCUGCAGCGUUUAGUUCAACGAAUGGAUGGUGAGGAAGCGUGCAGCACCCCAACACCAACCACUUCUGUUACCACUAACACUACUUGUCCGACUAAUAACGUCGCACUUCGUUUGAUUUCACCGAAUCCAUCAGGUGUCCCAAUGUAUCGUUGUGUGUCACAAGAUAUGCUUCAGUCGUCUGCGUCCAUGGAAUGCACAAUUUCUCCAGACUUAUUGACUGACCUAGUGCAAUUUUUUUUGUCUUAA